AUUAUGGAAUCUUCAAUUAAUUCUUAAAUUAGAAUUAAUACAACUUAAAACUAGAUACUUUCUAUGAACUAUGCCAACAUUAGUAAUCUCAAAAAAUAAAAUAUGGAACAUUCUUAUUCUUCUACUCGUUUACCUCAUCUGAGUCUAUAAUAUAGGACAUUACAAAAAACUGAAUCGCCAUAAAAAAGGGUGAGAACAAUGAAAAGUCUAAGAAUCAGAGAAUAGGAAGUAAUACUAAAACGGAUUAGUAAGAGUUUCGAAUUGAGUAGCAUAAAGAAUUCGAGAAAGUAAUAAAGAAGGAAAAGUGGUACAGAACAACUAUCUUAAAAGUAGGUAAAACAUUUGAUAUGGAAUUGUAGCUACAUAUUGAUUGUUAAUACCCGAAAACAAUUGUAUAGUAAUAGGAGGUGAUCUCCAAUGAAUUGCAAAGAACAAAGGAAAGAAAAAGGACUCUUUUUAAGAGAAUGUCUAGUAUACUCAUCAAACAUCAAACGACCAUUCGUAAUAUUAGCAAUCAAGGGAAUGAAAGGAACAGCGAAAUAUAGUUACUCAUGUUAUAAUCGCAAUAAUAAGGGAAUGAUGAACACAAUGUUACAUAAUCUCAAGAAGUGAAAAAACAUAAAUUAAGAUCUUCAGUCGUAGAAUCUGAAAAACCUAAAGUAGUCUUGAAUAUUUCUCGAAAAUCUAAAAAGGCAUUUGCUUCCAUCUAAAGUUACAUAAGUGAAAAGGCUCUAACAUAAACUACUACAUAGACUACCAAUUAAACAAAUCCAUUCAUAAGUUAUGUGUGCUGCCAGAGUCUUACAGAAAUGAAUGGAUAAAUUUAAAACAAUCUACCAUCGAAUUUGGGAAGAUGUCAAUUAAUCAAACCUACUUAUCCUCUACCAGAAAUUAAAUUGAUUUCUUCAGCCAGGAAUAAUUGUUCGAUGUUAGAUAUGAAUUUCCUAAAACACAAGAAAACAAUUAUUAAUACUGGAAAUACUCAGAGAAAAUAGAGGAUUUCUACAAACUCAUGA